AACAGCAACGAUGAUUCUCGAGCAACGUCUCCCGGCGUCGGCGGCGAUCGCACAAUGCAAGAUGGUGAAGACAACUCCAGCGAUCUUGCGAGACUGGGACGAAUCCGCCCUCGAGUCUUUCCCUACGCCGAAUCAUUACCCUACGAGACCGAGUCGGUGGAGAAGCGGGAGCAAGAUAUGGAUGAGAUGAUCAAGCACCUGUACGUGUCGGUGGCUUCGGGAGACUUUGUGCCUGGCGCAGUGCACUGGACGAAAGAGAUUCGAGGAUGGAUGACACUCAAGUUCGACUUGACAAAGAAGCAACGGGUGUCGUUAGUGAAGCUCUACUACGAGCUUUCACUGGCGCCAGGCCUAGAAUACGCAGUCUCAGAACGCUUUGCGAGCAUGUUCAUGGUUCUCACCAAGAGGAAACACUACUUGCGACCUGGCAAGGACCUCAUCCUCGACUGGCGGCCAUUGUACAAUGAGCUGAAGGUGUUCGUCCUCCCAUCGGAGACGAGCACACAAAACACAUACAGCAGUAAGAGGAAUAUUCGGACACUCACCAAGCUAUGCACAUUCGCGCAGCUCUUCUUCGAUCCCAAGGAUAUACCCGCCAUGCUUGAAGAGUUUUUGCCAUUCUACAGCAUGUCGUUCUCAGAGCACGCAUUUGUGGUCAUCGGACUGUUCAACUUGAUGCUCCCGACCGCACCACCUCCAGCAGACGAACCCAAGCUCCAACCACAAUACUACCUCCCAACCUUCUUCCAUCUCUGGUCGACCAUCAAUCGGUCGAUGAUGGUCGAUAUGCGCUUUUUGGACAUCUUCUCAAGGCAAGCUAGGGACUGUCUUGGAGCCGAGCAGGUGCCAUUUGGUCCUUGCGGUAUUUUCACGGAAGAGCAAUCUUCCCUGAUCUUCACCGCGGUGCUCAGAACACUCGACAUUCCGGUCGGACAGGCUACCACGCCAUACAGUCCGAUCGUUGAUCUUGGAUCUGGCUCCGCUCUUUUCCUAGACCGAGAUCCGAGGAAGCAUCCGGUCUCGCACAGCAUUGCAAGAUGGAUUGUCAUGUCGCUUUCACCUCAUUGCCUGAAAGUGGACAACUUGAAGUCCGUGUUGCAUCAGCUCGAGGGUCUGAUCCAAGGCAUCGAAACCUUCUUUCACCCUUCCAACUCUGGCGCGUGGACGAAGGGCUUGUCUCAACUGGUCUACUACCUUGCUGACUUCUUCGUCAUGCGAUGGAACCGCGAGCAGAGUGGCGAGUAUGAUAUUCCCGAGGAUCGCAAGCUGAACGUGGAGGUGAAGCGUCGGUUCGUGCUGUGUCUACGAGAUGUGGUGUUCAUGGGUAUCUAUGCGAAGAGCGGAACCGCAAUGAACUACAGCCUACACACACUGCAAAGCCUCGCAUAUCUCGAGCCUACGCUGGUCCUUCCUGGUGCACUGCAGCGCAUCUACCCCGCGAUGCAAGGUCUGGUCGAAGUCCAUCGGACGAUUUCAUCCAUUCGUGCCCUGCAGAUGCUGAGCAGAUCCAUAUCAAGGACCAAAGGCUUCCGAUGCCAUCUGACGACUCUUCUCGGCCUGGCACUUCCUGGCAUUGAUGCCAACGACCUCGACAAGACGAUGCAUAGUCUGUCCUUCAUCCAAUCAGUAUGCUACAACAUUCCGCUCCACGACUUGACCAAAGCACGUCGCAAGGUGAAGAGCGAGCUCGAUAGCGAUUAUGAAAUGGUCGACGCCGACUCCCCACCGUCAUCGGGUACUGGCACUGGCAUCGCCGUGGAAUGGGUCACAUCUCAAGUCGCUCGUUUCGAUCAAGAAGGGCCAGGCAUCGAUAUCGACUAUGAGACCGAGCUGAACGAAGAGGACGAGACGUUGAUCCUCAAGUCUUCCACCGCCGGGUUCGCCGAGUUUCUUAUUAGCUUUCUCGGUCGUGUCUUCACGCUCUUGCAGAAUCUGCCUGAUGCUGCCAGAGUCAAGAGCGGUAGUCCAGAGGAGAAUGUCGUCAACACACUACCUGCCGCGUUCAGCCCAAUGCUGGCGAGUUUAAGCCCCGAGCUGUACGACAUCGCUCUAGACCACAUUGCCCGAUUCAUCUCAAACCACGUCGUCCACCAAGCACGCGAUGCAAUGGCGUUCAUCUGCAAUGCGCUCGUCAAGAUCUCGCCCAAGAAGGCGCUCCGACGUCUCUUGCCAGACCUCAUCUCCAGUAUCAGGACCGAGAUCAGCGAGAACGGCGCAGGCUCGAGCCGCACCACCGGCACCGAGAUCCUGCCCAGAGAUCGUGCUCUUGUCUGGCAUGUGUCGCUCUUGAGUAUGUGCGUGGUUCAUGUUGGUAGCGAUGUGCUCGAGUUUCAAAACGAUCUGUUCGACAUCGCGGCCUACAUGCAGGACACCUGCAAAGGCAUCCCUUUGGUGCACGUUUCAAAUUUCGUGCACCAUCUGCUGCUCAAUUUGACGGUGACUUACACGAUGGACUUCAAUCUCUACAACAAGUCAGAGCUUGACCAAGGGUUGACUGUCGACAGCUGGGGUAAGAUCACAGGACCCGCAGAACUCGACAUCAACUGGCAUGUGCCGACUCAAGCCGAGCUUGAAUUUGCGACGCGGAUCUACGAAUCCCAGGGCGGUCGCGCAUUGAAAGCGCUGAAAGACCUGAUUUCAGACGUGGCACCUGUGAAGCGGGAUGGUGUUGGCAAAGACUGGUCCGACGACGUUUCACGGAAUCUAGUCUUGCUCCGCUUGGUGAUUUCAGGCGCAUCACGCUUGUUUCGCUCCGACGAUGAGACCAUCACGCCUUAUGUCUUCGCCGACGUGACACCCAGAAGCACCGACGAGAAUAUGCCGCUCACAGCCGAUCAGCUCGAACCACAGGACAGCCCCAACGACAGUGGUGUCGAUCUGACCGAACCAGAAGAUGAAAAGGUCAAGCGAUCAUUCGAAUACUCCACCGGCUACCCUCUACAGGCCGGAACACCCCAGUACGAAACAAUCCAUCGAUUCCGCAAAGAGGCUGGAGAGACACUGCACAAGGUGCACUCUUUCCUCGUCCGCAACCAAGAGGAUGAUGUGCAAUGCUUCAAUGCGCUGUAUACAGCAUACCGCUCGUGGUUUGUGGAUAUUGGUCUCGAACGCUCUGCUCACGUCCUUGAUCGACUCACUCGUCUCCUUGCUGCCGACAUUCAUCCUUUCAAAUCCUCGGGAUUGAGAAAGCAGUACCCACGACCACUAUUGGUGCGGAGAGCCAAUCUCUACCACUUUCAGCGCCUGCGAUUCAAUGAGCACCCGCGAGCGGCUUCAGAUCUCGACAAGACACUGCUUUUGGAUCUUGCGCACUCGAGCACCUCGGUAUACACCGAGAUCCGCCGUACGGCGCAGUCAGCGGGUGAACAAGCAAUGAAGAGUAUCGUCGGUGCCAAGCCUCUCAUCAUUCCACCAUUGCUCGAUGCUCUUGAAGAUGCAUUGAAAAAGGGCGACCACCCCAGAAUCAAGGGCGCUGUCUUCUCACUACUGUUCGGCAGUCUGGCCAAGCCUAUCGGACGGAAUUGGAAGUAUGCGCCACGCAUGAUCAAGCUGUACAUUCAAGUCUCGGAAGCAGAUCGACCGAGCAUUCAGAAGCUGGUAUCGCAGUCCAUCUUCACGAUCCAGGAUAUGACCAAGGCAAUGGAUCGAAUGGUCAUUCUCGAUGAAGGCACACUCAAUGCCAUCUGGCCCAAGAACCCAGCCACCAUGACAAGAACCAUUGCGCAGACGAUAGAAGACGCCCAGGCGCUCGUUCCACAGAAGAAGGCCAAGAUUGCACAGCGACGCAAAGUUGUGGAGAAGCGUAAAUCAGAGCUUGCUGCCGAGCUGAUCGAGUCUGUUAGAAACAGUCAUUGGAAGAAAGCUGUGCGGACUGCAGGCAUGGCAAUUGGCCUCGACUAUCGUUUUGAGACCAUCGCUUCUGACGGCAUGCUCGACUUGGUGGUCAAAGGUGUCAUCGAUCCUCAUCCACAAUUGCGAGCUCUGUACGGUAGCUCCAUGACGGCCAUCUUCAGUCUCACUCAAAUGCGUGCACUGGUCGGGCACAAGUACGAGAACUACUUGAUGGACCAGCAGAAGGAUCCUGAUGAGGUUUCCGUUCCGACUGAUCGCGACAACCCAGGUUGGACCACUCGCUACCUCGAGGCAUUCGCAAAGCCAGAGGCUGAAGCAUACAUCGACAGUGACUAUCCCGGAUGGCUGGUGUGGCAGAAGACAAUGCGCGGGUUCCGUACUGGUCCGACCCUUCUCGAAUAUGACGAGACCGAGCUCGCAGUCCGCCGCAAGGUGGGCAAACACCUCGAUCGCCACUGGCUUUCGACCUUCUUCGGGUACAUGAAGCAAGAACCUCGCGAUAACGCCGACCGUUUCCGCAUGUCGAUGGCGAUGAUCGUCGCCUAUGCGAUGGACCUCAUGGCGAAUGACCUCACUCCAGUAACCUUUGACGAUUUCAAGGAUCUCACACAGGCAGUGUACGGAGAUGGCACUGAUAAGCAUCAGCAUCGUGCGAUGGCUGAGAUCCUGGGUGCGAUGUUGUUCAGCUCGGAGGAGUUUUCGCAAGAGCUGCGCACCAAGAUCUGGGAGUUCGCCUUCCCAAUCGUCCGCCGCAUCUUCAGUGACGGCCUCACACCUGAGAACACAUCAUACUGGUCUUCAUUCGUGGCACUCAUCGUCAGUGGCAAGGACCCUCGUCGAGCAUGGCCACUGGUCGACUGGCUCGCAGGCUUCCGUCUAGACAUGGAGUCAAGCGCCGCGUUCAAGGAGAGCUCGAAAAUCUCCAUGCUGCAACUUGUUGUCGGCUCUGCGGGAUGGCAUUUCCAGCUUCACCGCCCCAUCAUCGAAGACUUUCUGGAGCAUCUUGACCAUCCGUACAAGAGCGUUCGUGAGAUCAUGGGAGGCACGCUUGCGACAAUCUUCCGCACGAGGUAUCAUGAAUCGUACAAGGACAUUCCGACGCUGCUUGAAGCUCAGAAAGCAGAAUCCUCCAUCGGCACACGACCCUAUCAACCCAGUGAGGAGUACACUAGUACUGUCAAGAGCAUUUUCGAGCGGAUCGAGAAGUGGCGUUUGGAGCGACCAGCUGGAGUGCAGACGCCGACGCCUUACACUCAGGCCAGCAAGACUGUACUCUUAUGGCUCGAUGGCUCACUCGGUAACUACGACUGCACGACUCUUGUGCCCUUCUUUCCGGACACCUUCAUGGAAGCACUGCUCCACAUGAUGGACAUCAAGGAGGAUCCCGAGCUGCAAGCGCUUGCAUACCACGUCUUCCGCCAUCUUCCGAACAUUCCUCAUCGUCCAGGCGAGGAGAAGCCGUUUGUGGCAUCCCUCGUCAAGAUCGGCAAGCAGGCCACUUCCUGGCAUCAACGUCUGAGAGUCCUCAUCAACAUCCAAGUCAUUUACUUCCGCCACCUGUUCCUGCUGCCCGAAAAGCAAGCUGAGGAUCUCUUUCAGUGUGUGCGCGAGAUGCUGCACGAUGUGCAACUCGAAGUACGCUUGGGAGCGGCCGCAACUCUCAGCGGCAUGGUUCGCUGCUCACCGAUUGAGUUCCGCAACAAGAAGAUCUCCGACUUGAAGAAGCACUUCGCCAACCUCCUCAUCAAGAACCCGCUGCCAAAGCGCAAUAGAGCCGGACCUUCUGAAGGAUCCAACGUGCCCAGCCAAGAGCAGAACAAGUUGGUGCUCACACGUCACGCCGCCGUGCUCGGCCUCGGUGCUCUUGUUCAGGCCUUCCCUUACACCUCUCCACCGCCAGAGUGGCUGCCUGAAGUGCUUGCGACGCUUGCUGGACGUGCGGCGAGCGAUCCGGGUAUGGUGGGUAAGAGCGUCAAGACCGUGCUGAGCGACUUCAAGAAGACGAGACAGGAUACGUGGCACGUGGAUGUCAAGGCAUUCAAACCGGAGCAGCUGGAGGAUCUCGAAGGCGUGUUGUGGAAGAGUUAUUUUGCCUAGGUGCGACAGUUCCACUUUCGCGACAACAGCAAAGGUAUCGGUGCAUGUGAUCGAGGGCGGGGUUUCGGCGCUUUGAGCGGCAUUACAUGGCGUCGAUGGGAUCAAGACAGGGCUAGAAAACAGCUCACGGCAUGCAUG